GUAGAAAAAAAUUAUUGUAUGAUGCAGCAUAAUAAUUGUGCGAAAAUAUAAAAAUUGUUGUACAAUAAUGAAACAAUCAAUGCUUAUGUCUUCUUUAGUUUGUUUCUAUUUCUAAAUUCUAUUUUUAGUUUUUUAUUCUUUUUGAAAAAUAUUUAUCCAAAAAGAGGAGGAUGGUAAACAGUGUAAGAGAGAAGUAUAUUCGAUUGUCGUACAAAGGCAAAAAAUUAACCGACAACAGCGAAUUUAUAACAGAAAAAGAAAAAAGCAAAUCCUAAAGCCAUCUCCUUCUCUCAGGCAGAAGAACAAGGAAUUUCGGAGCUCAGCCGACUGGAUUUCUCUUGGAUCCAAAGCCAUUUGCGCAUCUCCGUCUCCUUUAUCCACUGGCGUUCAAAGUUUUCCAGAGGAUUUCCUGUUAAAAAACAAAAAUGGAUGAAUAAUGGCAUUCGCGGAAGCUAGGGCCGCUUGGCAGAGAACUGCCAACCGAUGCUUAGUCCAAGAAGACGCCAAACGAGCCCCUAAGUUAGCUUGCUGUCCCUCAGUAACCCCUUCAGUUAAACACCCCGAAACCGAACCUCCAAAUCCAGACAACACCCAAGAAGAUAUUCUCACCACUUUCUUUCUCCCUUUCAACCUAAAUCCUACUACUUCCAAUUUAUCCCCAACCUCAAGAUGGUGGCUACAAACACAGCCGAAUUAUGGGUACCGACAAGUCAUGGCAGGCGAACAGUUAACAACUCCCUUGGAAAGUCAAGAUCUCAAAUUGCUUAAAGAAGGUUCUGAAAAAAUAGAAGACUCGAAUGUUGGUAGUUGUGAAUUUUCGAAAAAUUCAGAUGACGUUUGUUUCGAUUCGGAGAAAAAUGCGCCUUGGUGGCGAACGGCGGAUACUGAAGAGUUGGCUUUGUUGGUAGCGCAAAGUUCGCACGACGUUUUAGAUAACUGUGACCUCCCGAGGCCUCAAAGUGCACGUAUUGGUAUGAGUAGUUGUUUUAGUUGUGAUGAGAACUCAACGUUGUUACGAGUUCAGAAGGCUGGCAUCGAGCAUCACAGUCAUGUUUGUAGUCGUGAUUCUAGACAAGGAUGUUCGCUUGCAGGGUAUUCUUGUCAGAAACUUAGGAAAUCAGCUGAUGUUCGGUUAGUGUUAGGUGUCGACAAGAUAUCAAGGAACAGCCCAAUCUACAAGAAAACGGGCGAAAGUGAGAGUGACACAAGCAGAGCUCAGCUUCUAGAAGCAUUACGUCAUUCUCAGACACGAGCCAGAGAGGCUGAGGAGGUAAUGAAACGAGCGUGUUCUGAGAAGGAGCAUGUUGUCAGGCUCGUACUAAGACAGGCAUCCCAGAUAUUCGCCUACAAACAGUGGGUCCACUUUCUGCAGUUGGAGAAUACGUAUUUUCAAUUCAAGAACAGCAAAGAUGAGUCUGGAUCCUCUGUAUCUGCAGUAACAUCGCCUAAUUGUGGGACCUCAGGAAAUGGAAAAAUGCGGAAAAGCAGGUGGCUCAAGUGUUCGAACAGGAAACGGGCCAAGAAGGCCCGGGAUGUGUUGGAUGCUGGAAAAUAUGCUAUUGUUUUUGCUUUAGGAUUGGGACUCGUCGGUGCUGGGUUGUUGCUCGGGUGGACGAUUGGUUGGAUGCUGCCCACAUGCUGAUUGGUGAAUGUGUGUGUUUUUGUGAAAUUUUAGGCUCAUAUAUGUGUGUAUAUGUAGGAGUGUUUGUUUGAGUUGUCUCUGCUCUAUAUAUGUGUGUAUAUAUACAAGGAUGUGCAAAACUGUAAAUUAU